GGAUUUUGUGGUGGUGGUCGUCGUGGUCGUGAUGAUGAUGAUGAUGAUGUGUUGGGCGACGGCGGAGCGUGUUUUCGUUGCUAUUUUGCCACGGGGCAUGAUGGCGUGUGUCGAACAAACUUGUUUCGCAAGGACUACUACUCAUCUUCGUGUCUGUGUGUGUGCUGACUGUUCGUCGGAACGAAACGAACAUUGAUCACGUGUGCCGCGUGCCAACGACCAAUCCACGCACAAGAUCUAGUGAUGCGUGCACUACACGCCAUUUAUCAUUACACUUGCUUUACCUGCCGUCAAUGUCAUCGAUUGCUCCAACCGGGCGAGCAUUUCGUCCUGAGGCACGGACAACUAAUGUGUAAUCAUUUGGCUUGUCAAGCCCGUGAGCCGAGGGAUCAAUCGAGUUUCGAACCCAAUUCCAUGUCAAAUCCCCGAUCGACCGAAUCCAAUUCACAUGACUCGAGCGCAACUGGCGAGCCGACCACUCCGCAUUCAUUUCCGUUCCGGCCAUUUGAACAGUCGGAAGAAUUGGUGUUGUUGUCGUCGUCAUCGGUAGAUAAAACCGUAUCCCCAAACGAGUCCGAUUACGCCAAACGCGAUGUGUCGGGAUCGAAUUUGGGUCAAGAUGUUGUUGCACAGAUGAUUGUGACUUCGGUGUGUGAACAAUUUGCGGGUUUUCCCAAACAGACUCAGAUGGACGAGGAUAAUGAAAUCGAAUCCGGUAGUCCAAAUCGAACCUCUCAUUCUAAUGGUUUUCCCCGUCUUGUAUCAACGAAUCGUUUUAUGUGUGACUUGAACAUCAACCCCUUGUAUCGUUCUGGUGAUCUAAUAGAGCCGGAAAAUGAAAUUCGAACGGACAGUAAUACAAUGAAUCGUCUAGAUCUGUCAUCAGUCCCACUUCCCUUUCCACAAUCCACGUCACCCACACCAGGGGUGUACGGUCUCUUAGCUGAAAACGACUUCACACCAACUGUGAUCUAUCCCCAUUUGAAUCGUUCUCCGAAAAUGACUCCGCUUCCUCCCGGCGAUGUUGGUUCGAUGAAUCCAAACCCGCUGUUAUCUCAAAUUCAAAACCGUCUCUGCCCAAUUCGAGGGAUGAGUCAAGGUGGAGUGUGUGAAGACCUAGCCAAACUGGUCAGUUAUUCAUCCUUUUUGCCUACGACUGGCGUUUCACCAAUUCCGUCCAGUCCACGAAUUGGCACAGCCAAUUCCCUGCUCAAAUUGAUUGAGCCGGGCACUUCUAUGCUGUAUGGACCGAACGGAGUGAUCACCGGUCAUAGUAUCCCGGGUCCAGGACCACUUCUGUUAGCCCAAUCGGCACAGAAGAGAAAUCGCAAGAGGCGCACGGGUUUGCACCAAACAUUUGAUGGUGUGUGCGUGACCAGUCCAAACGGCUAUUGCGUGGGAUUAUCACAACGACAAAAACGAAUGCGGACCUCAUUCAAGCACCAUCAGUUGCGCGCGAUGAAAGCAUACUUCAAUAUGAAUCACAAUCCAGAUGUGAAAGAUCUCAAGGUGCUAACGGAGAAAACCGGACUGUCAAAACGUGUGCUACAGGUCUGGUUCCAGAAUGCUCGAGCCAAAUAUCGCCGCAGUCUGCUUCGACAGGAUGGACCAAACUCAAGUAAUAGUACAAAUGUGAACAGCAGCAACAACAACACCAACAGUAAUGCCACCACCACCACCACCACCAACAAUAAUAAUAACAACAUUAACUUGAUGUCCACCACUAUCUCGGUCAUAAACACCACAACUACGGCAAGCAAUAUCACAAGCAAUGUGACCAAUAUAACUGCGAACGGAAUGACCACAUCAUCCACAGGCAGUACGUCUGAUCUUGCCCUUUUAUCGAACAACUCACUAUCGGAUUGCGAUAGCAAGUCGUCGCAUUUCGAUAUGACAGAAGUCGGGAGUCAUUUGUCACCAAAAUCUCUCUAUCCACACAACCACUCAUUUAUGACUGACGAGGGGACGGAUUCCGCAAUGGAUUUGUUGGCUGAAAUACGACGACCGCAAAUGACUGUGAAAACGGACGAUUCAGCGGGCAUUUACGGUUUGGGACUGGUUGCCAGCCCCCCUUUGCCCAUCGGAUCCGCUUUGCCCUCGACAUUCGAGGUUCAACGAUCCCGAACACCAACGACAACAUUCACUUUUAUUUCAUCGGGUUGCAGACAACGAGAUUUGUGUACUCUUGGCAGUAUUCAUGGUUAG